AUGGACGUUUUUAGCGCCGGCUGCGUUAUUGCCGAACUAUUUCUUGAAGCUCCUAUUUUUACUUUGAGUCAACUCUAUAAAUACCGAAAGGGGGAGUAUAGUCCACAGACCGGACGCCUCAUGGAGAUCGAGGACUCAGAUAUCAGAGAGCUAAUCCUUCAUAUGAUCCAACUCAACCCUGAGUCACGCUACUCGGCUGAAGAAUGCAUUAAUUUUUGGCGCCGCAAGGCAUUUCCAGAGUACUUUUACGGAUUUCUCCACCAGUAUAUGGGAUUAAUAACCGAACCGUCACCAAGAAGAACACGUGAUGCGUCUACCCCGUUGGACUCAAAGGAAGCAGACGAAAGAAUUGGCCGUAUCUUCGUGGACUUUGACAAGAUAUCCUACUUUCUCGGUGCUUCUCCUCAGGUUCUACUUGAUGGAUCUCAAACAGCGUCUCCAUCACUAACCCAGCAGCCAUUCCCAUUGCAACUGGACCUGCCUAAAGUCGGGACUCAGCAAAUCUCAAAGCCACUAUCAGCCACAGAUGAUGGAACUCUUAUCUUUCUUACCCUUGUUGUUUCGAGCCUACGGAACACGAGUAAAUCAACUGCGCGAGUCAAAGCUUGUGAUAUACUACUUGCGUUCGCUGAAAAGCUCCCAGAUGAAGCGAAACUAGACAGAAUUCUUCCGUUCGUUAUUCUUCUCUUAAACGAUCGCUCGGAUCAUGUCAAAGUUUCAGCAAUUAGAACCCUCACACAGCUUCUUGCUAUGGUCAGAGUGGUUUCGCCUGUCAACGCCUACGUUGUUCCCGAGUACAUCUUCCCGAGACUUCAGCACCUAAUCAGUACCCUACCUUCAAAUCCUACUCCUAUAGUUCGAGCAGCAUAUGCUUCAUGCAUAGCCUCUCUGGCACAAUCCUCACUCAAAAUCCUUGACAUGGUCCAGGCGUUGCGUUCUGACGCUCGAUUAACGUCUCUCGUACCUUCGGGAGCGGAACGUGGCUGGGAGGAAGAAAUAUCAUAUCACAACCUCUACGAUGUCGCACGGGUCGACUUGCUCGAAUUCUUUGAGGCUCAUGCAAAAGCUCUCUUAACCGACCCAGACGUUGUAGUUCGCCGUGCAUUUCUUGGCUCGGUUCCAGGGCUCUGUGUCUUCUUUGGAAAUCCGAAAGCAAAUGAGGUUAUCCUCAGCCAUCUAAAUACCUACCUCAAUGAUAAAGACUGGAUCUUGAAAUGCGCAUUCUUCGAGACAGUCGUUGGCGUUGCUGCUUAUGUCGGCAGUACUUCCCUCGAAGAAUUUAUUUUACCGUUAAUUGUUCAAUCCAUGACUGAUCCUGAGGAGUUUGUGGUCGAGCGCGUAUUGCGGUCUCUUGCUAAAAUGGCAAAACUUGGUCUAUUCCAGCGUUCUACCACCUGGGAUCUACUCAGUAUCGCAGUUCGGUACUUCAUCCACCCAAGUAUAUGGAUACGAGAAGCGGCAGUUAGCUUCGUCGUGGAUUCAACUACCUUUUUAUCUGCGACUGACAAGUACUGCAUUGUCAGCCCUCUGGUUAGGCCAUUUCUAAAAACCAAUACCAUAGACAUAUCGACUGUUCAGAUAUUCGACGCACUAAAAAAACCUCUUCCUAAGAAUCUUUUCGAGAUGCUUCUAGUAUGGGCUACUAAUGUUGACAAGGGGCUCUUCUGGAAGUCGGUUUCGCAGGACGCAACCUUCUCCCUGAGUGGCUCAAACAUACCAAAAAUACGGCAACGUGGACUUGUGUCUUCUCUGAGUAAUCUACCGCGAAACGAGGAGGAUGAUCAAUGGUUAUCUAGGCUGAGAAACAUAGGCCUAAAUCAGGAGAACGAGUUCAAAUUCCUUGCUCUCAAAGAAUAUAUCUGGAGAGUUGCCAUAAGAAGGAAGAAGAAUACUGAUAUCGAAAAAGCCACAACCUUUGCAGAGAUCAUAUCGCUAAGUGAGCAUGAUAUCACUCCCCAAACAGUGCUUUUUGACAGAAAACAAGGAGUCAGUCGAAAUCGGCAUCCGCCAAGGAAGAUUCAGCCUGUCCAUGGCAGCAGAAGACCACAUACAAUUGCCGAUGCAUUGCUAGAUGCUUCAACGGCAAUUGAUUCACCCAGUGAUGACAACCAGAGACAAGCAAGGCGUCAAGUACCAGAAGGGCGUGGCUCCAGUGUACCGCCUAGCUUAAUUCGUCCAACUGCAACAAGGUGUACUAGAGAAAGCCAGUCACCUACUGUUUCACAUCUUUCGUCCUCCCUCAAUGGACGGCCUAGCUCACCUAGCUCAUCAACUUCACCGCUAUCUGAUGGCCCUGCCCAGAAUGCAACAAAUUCAAUGGCCGGAACUGAUGGAAACGGGCCCAUUCAAUCCCGCCCUCCUUCGUUACGAGUACCAGGUGGAGAUAUCAAACGCCGUUCGAGUGCAAUAAACCUUCUGAACCGUCAGGAAAAUUCUAAAGCAAAUGCUGCGAUCGCAACCUCUUCUACAAAUGUAUUUGGGAAAGUUGAUGUCCCUCAUCAGAGAGAUCUUGCUCAACUCUCCAGAACAAGUACCCCGGACCCACAAAAUCAUGGCACACAAAUGCUACGCCCUCGUUUUAAAGCUAACCACACAUACCACGGAAAUGACCCCACGAUCCUAAGGAUCCUAGAUAACAUCUUCGCUGAAAAUUACCCUACUGAUCUCUUUGAUUUUGGACCCGUAGUUCAGCUACCCUCUCAAUGCUCGCCCUUGCAUGGACCUGGCGGGCAAUCUUCAGAUAAACCAUGGAGGCCACAGGGUGGACUGGUUGCGAUGUUUGGAGAGCAUACUGGUCCAGUCAACCGGGUAGUGGUUGCUCCGGACCACGCUUUCUUUGUCACAGCCUCCGAUGAUAGCACGUUGAAAGUCUGGGACACCACUAGACUAGAAAGGAAUCUGACUCCACGAUCCCGCCAGACGCACCGACAUGCCCCUGGGGCCAAAGUAAAAUGCGUUACAUUUGUUGACAACACUCAUACUUUUAUCAGUGCAGCUACUGAUGGAAGUGUCCAUGCAGUGAGGGUGGAGUAUCAGAAUAAUCGUGACGUUAUCCGCUACGGAAAAUCCCAACUGGUCCGAGAGUACCAUAUUUCGCCAGCGGAUGGCGGAAGCGGCGAGUAUGCCGUAUGGAUAGAGCACUUUAGAACGGAUGUACAUUCAAUUCUUCUCAUGGCGACGAACCGAUCCCGGAUAAUCGCGCUGGAUUUGAAGUCUAUGACUGAAGUUUAUACACUCCAAAACCCCAUUCGCCAUGGUACUCUGACUACAUUUUGCCUUGACAGAAAACACAACUGGCUCCUGGUGGGAACGAGCCAUGGCAUAUUAGAUCUAUGGGAUCUCCGGUUCUGUGUACGCGUGAAAGCUUGGGGCUUGCCAGGCGGAACUCCAAUCCGGCGCCUUGCUAUCCAUCCUACCAAGGGCCGAGGCAGAUGGGUAUGCGUCGUUGGCGGAGGGAACAAUGGCUCAGAAGUUCUUGUUUGGGAUAUCGACAAAGUGCAAUGUCGAGAGGUUUAUCGAACCGCUGGUGCCUCCAAAGAGCAGACGUCUGCUCCCACUGGUCAGAAAGCGAACAUUAAUCCUGAUAUAAGUUGGAAAGCCUAUGAGCCAUGGAAAGUUGACGAAGAUCUUCCUGAAGGCAUGCUGGGUCGGUUCGCAACGAAUGCCCACCCGUCAUCUGCGGGUAUAGAACCGGCCGUGACCAGCGAGAACUCCAGUAGCGGUGAUAGAAACGCAAUAUCCGCACUAGCUGUGGGUAUCGACUAUCUUGAUGGCACGGCAGAUGGAUCUAAAUGUGGUUUCGUCUUGACUGCUGGUCUUGAUCGAAGUAUACGUUUCUGGGAUGUGGUGCACCCGGAUGCAUCACUAGUGGUGAGUAGCCCAGAUCUCAUCACAGACGGAAUUCAGAUGCGGCCGAGAUAUGAUACCACUCAUCCAACCACUGCUUUGACAAUAACAUCUGAAUGGAUCCCCAGUGCUGGCUCAGCACCAACCAGGCAAGGUCCAACUUCCAACAAAAAGUCAUAUUCGACGAGCACUGGGAAUAGUAUGCGACCUCCGCGGAGUACCGUCAUCAGUUUACAGCAGCAACAGCUGCUAAGAAACCAUCUUGAUUCUAUAAAUGAUAUCGCAAUUCUACAGUCUCCAUAUGCCAUGACUGUAAGCGUUGACCGGGCUGGCAUGAUAUAUGUAUUUCAAUAA